CCAUAAAAUGUUGACUGUUGGUUACAAGGCACAUAUGUGGCAGCCACGUAUACACCACGUCAGCUGCCAAAUCAGCUCAUUAACACAUAAUAUUUUUUAAUUAUUUUUUUAAUAUAAAAUAAUAAAAUUAAAAAUUCUAUUUUCUUAACCCCCACCGCCGGUCGCCGCAACCACCCUCUCUCAUAACUCCGGUUCUCUUCGUCUCCCCAUCUCCUCUCCCUAGAUGACUUGCUGCCGCUCUCCCUCUUCAAAACUUGUCCCUCCUUUAGGGAUGGCAAUGGGUCGGGUUGGGGCGGGUUUUGCCAAACCCGAACCCAAACCCACGGGUUUGUCCGUCAAAAAAACCCGGGAUAAAACCCGUCGGGUUUGAAAAAUCCAAACCCAACCCAACCCGCUGGGUAUCCGCGGGUUGAUGGGUACCCGUGGGUUUUUUUAGAGUCUGGACCUUGGAAGGCUUCUCGGCAGAGGAAGAGCAGGGGAUGGGCGGAGGUGCAGAAACGGGAAAAUUACAAACCAAAACAAAAUAUCUAUCAGCAUCACUGGUCCACCACAUACCUGCCAUCAAAACCAAGAAAAUUAUCAUACAGAUUCAGUUUUGAUUUUUGAAUCCAUCCAACAAACCACAGAGAAAGCAUAUAUAUGAAUUAUAAUCACUUACAUCCACCAGGGGAAGGGUCGGAGCAGAGGAAGCAGGAGGAGGGCGGCGGGAGUGGACCGUCGACGUUGGCGGGUUGUGGAGACUACGGGCUGAGCAGAGGAGAAGGAGGAGGGCGGCGGGACUGGAGGGCGGCAGGACUGGAGUCGGCGGGAGGCGGCGAUGUGGAGGCGCGGAGCAGAGUAGCAGGGGGAGGGCGGCGCAGGACUGGAUUCGAACGUCGACCGUCGGCGGGGAGGUGGGGACUUGGAGGCGCAGAUGGGUUUUGGUGGUGGCGGGAUUCGGGAAUGGAGGCGGAAGCUCGGCAGAGGGUUUUGGUGGUGGCGGGGCGGCCGUCGCCAGGCGGAUUGGGAGUCGGGAGUUGGGACAGGAAGUGGAGAUGAGGAGUCGCGGAGGGCGGAGAGGAAGAUGGGUCGCGGAGAUUUUGACGUGGCGGCGAUGGGAAUUGGGACUGGGAAAUGGGAUUUGUCUCUGGGAAGUGGGUGGGGGCCUGGGGGGGGGGGGGGGGGGGGGGGUCGACAGUCCUGGGGUAAUUUGGGGGUAGGGUUAGAGAUUAGAUGUAUGUCCGGGUAUCCACGGGUCGGGUUCCCUCAAACCCGAACCCGCCCCAACCCACCCAAACAAUCACCGGGUUUAAACCUGAACCCGGCCUGAACCCAGUCAACACGGGUUUUACCCGGUUUGACCGGGUCGGGUCGGGUACCCGCGGGUCCGGGUUGAACUGCCAUCCCUACCCUCCUUCCCCUCCAUCUUCUUCACCCCGCCGCCGAUGGCUUCUGACUCUCAAAUGUGUGUUGGAGAGGGUAAGGGUAGCCAUGGGAGCAAGAAUCCCACACUCUUGAAUUAGCUACAAAUUGGCUCUACCAAUUAGCUUUUUCUAUUCCAUUGUCGCUACUUCCCAAACCGAAAUCCCAAAUGUCGAUUCCCAGAGAAUCUAAUCCCACAACUAUCAGAUGUGGAUCCGAUGUCCCUUCCUUAUCUCUCCCUUCCUCUCGCAACGGAUCUCCUCGCCAGCGACGUUGGAUUGAAGGCACCUUUUCUUCGGAGAUUUGAGGAGGGUCGGCGUUUUGGGUUUCUCGUUCUGGUUCGUGGAUUUGAGCAGGGAAGGCAUGCGGGUGAGAAGGUGGUUCUCGACCUCUCUGCGCGGAGAAUUGGUGAGGUUAAGGAAGAGGAAGGUGCCGCUAGCAUUCCAUUUUUUCUCUCCAACUCCAAUCCCUCCUUCAUGCUUCUCUCCAGAUCUCGACCCUACCGCUACGCCGCUGGUGCUACUCCGCCAUCAAUGUUGGAUUGACAUAUCUGGCUUUAAGGAGGCUGCCUACUCCGUCUCCGUCUCCAACUCUCGAAGCCCACCACCGCCGUCAUCAGAGUCCGCCGCCCAGGGUGGCCGCCUCUCUCCCAGUGAAGGGUAAAUCUCCAAAUCGAUUUACAAUCGACGGUAGAGGCUGGGAGGCGGGAGAGGGAAGGGUAAAUCCCCAAAUCAAUUAGUUUAUGUUUA